UCGCGCACCUACCUGUGUAAAAAAACAAAGAUUUUUAAGAAGAAAUAACACACUAAGAAUUGUAGUUGCAUUUAAUUUAAUUUGAAAAUGUCAACACGUGAGAUACUGACCUUACAGUUUGGUCACUAUUCAAAUUAUGUUGGUGCCCAUUUUUGGAAUAUACAAGAGCUCAGUUUUGAUUACAGUGGUACUGCAACUACCGAUCUAAAUCACGAUAUUUUAUACCGAGAGGGUCAAACGUCGAGGAAUGAAGUAACUUACACACCCAGAUUACUGAUAGCUGAUUUGAAAGGGGCUUUAAAAACUCUACCACAAAGUGGUGGUCUCUCGGAUGACGCACAGGAAACAGAUUUACAGUGGGAUACAGUAGAAAAAAUAGAAGAACCCCCGCCAGAAAAAAACCAAUAUCUCGCUGCUAUUGAUUCUGUUCAAACAACAGUAGCUGAUGGAAAGAAAGAUUACAAUCUUAAAGAGAGUGUAAUCACUUGGACAGAUUACCUGUAUCCUCGUUUUCAUUCUAGAACUGUGAAUGUAGUGAAUGAGUAUCAACACGGAAGUAAUAAGGAAGCUUUUGACAUCUAUCCCACUGGUAGAGGAGUAUGGAAAUCUGAUUAUGGUGAUGUAUUUAGUGACAAUAUCAGAAAAUAUGUUGAAGAAUGUGACAGCAUGCAAGGUUUUCAAAUAAAUUUUGACUGCACAGACGGUUUUGCUGGCCUAGCUCUUGGUUGCAUAGAACACCUUUCUGAUGAAUAUACAAAACCUAUUUUAGCCUACCCUAUUAUAGCAUCACAUUUUCCUGACAACAACUCCAAUACACAAGAAGAAAGAGAUAUAUCAAAUUUAAGAGAUUCCAUUAGAUUAGUGAACAUUCUUCUUUCAAUACAAGAAUUAUCUGAGCAUGCCACUAUGUAUGUUCCUUUAUGUACAGGAGAAAAGGGUUGGAGGAAACCUGGUAAUGCAAGAACAUUUGACUGUCUAAAUUAUGAUCCAAAACUAUAUUAUCACUCAUCAGCUAUAUUGGCAUCUGCUAUUGACACGCUCAGUCAAAAAUACAGGCAUAAAAGUAAUAUUCAUACAAUGUCUGACAUUUGUGCUGAUAUGACAGGAUAUGGACGGAAGAUGACUGCAGCAUCUUUGGGUAUGCCAAUAGCAAUAAACGAAUCCCAAUAUCUUAUUGACUAUUUAAAUGAACGAAUCCAACCAAUAUACAGCUGUAUAACGCCUGGUUGUAAAAUUGCUAAUGACAAACUUUUUCAACUGAUUACAAUAAGGGGUAUACCAGAAAGUUAUUUAAAGGCACCACCAAAAGAAGCAAAGGCUCAACAAAAUUUACCAGCAUAUAGGUGUAACAGUGUGAAAGAAAUGUUUGAGUUAUAUUUUCAAGCUAACAAUUUCUUGUCUGCUACAAACUUAACAGUUAAUGAACAACCUCUGAAUUUAAAAACUCCAUUCCCACAAAUAUUUACAAAGAACUUGAAUAAAUAUGGAUUUAUUAAAAAUGAUAACCGACUCGAGGAUGUUGAAAGUUGUGCUGUGAUAGCAGGUUAUCAUAAUGGAACUUUCCUUGCAAAUAUGAUAGAAAAACUUCAUAGAGAUGUCAGUAGAAUAAGAUUUGCAAAAUUACACAAGUUUAAAGAAGAAGGCCUUGAGGCUUCAGAAUAUACAGAGAGCUUGGACAAAUUAGCAGAAUUUAAAGACAAUUAUGAAGAUGAUUUUGAAUUAUGAUUGAUUCUACUCCUUUUUCAACAAUCACACAAUGGGUCUGUUCAUUUUUGUAAAGAUAUCAUGUGAGGAUAUUUCUUAACAAUUAUAGUACCAGUAUUGCAUUUUAUAUACGUUGUGACUGUUGUUAAAUAACAUGAUUUGGUUCACCAGUUUCAGCAAACUACAUACAUUAUUACUUUUUCACAUCGUCGCCUCGUGCAGUACUCUAGUGGAUGUGGGACACAAUUAGCAUCACCUUCCACUAUUUGUUGCGAAUUAAUCACGACAGUUGGAUCCUACUUAUGUGAACAAGGCAAGGAACUGCAUCCCAUACAAGAUCAUCAUCAGCUACUAUCACAUGCUAUCACAUACCAGAGCAACAAUGCCUUAUACCUCUUAAUGUAAAUGUGUGUUCAAUGAUCAUGAAAAGAAGUUGAUUAUCCACUAGAAGUUUUAAUAAAUGAAUGAAAUAA